UUUCAAGACCCCGCGCGGCCGCGCGCCAAAUCUCCAAAUCCCACCGCUACUUAAAUCCACCGAAACCCCCCCGCCGGAUCCUCACACCACCACACCAAAUCCCCAGAUCACCGUCGCCUCCGGCCUCUUCCACCCCAAUCCCCCGGCGAUGGCCCGCACGAAGCAGACGGCGCGCAAGUCCACCGGCGGCAAGGCCCCGCGGAAGCAGCUGGCGACGAAGGCGGCGCGGAAGUCGGCCCCGGCGACGGGCGGCGUGAAGAAGCCCCACCGCUUCCGCCCGGGCACCGUCGCGCUCCGUGAGAUCCGCAAGUACCAGAAGAGCACGGAGCUGCUGAUCCGGAAGCUCCCCUUCCAGCGGCUGGUGCGGGAGAUCGCGCAGGACUUCAAGACCGACCUCCGGUUCCAGUCCUCGGCCGUCGCCGCGCUGCAGGAGGCCGCGGAGGCCUACCUCGUGGGGCUCUUCGAGGACACCAACCUCUGCGCCAUCCACGCCAAGCGCGUCACCAUCAUGCCCAAGGACAUCCAGCUCGCGCGCCGCAUCCGCGGGGAGCGCGCCUAGGCGCCGGAUCUUCGAUGAGAUUAUCUAGUCGCUAGCUAGUACUAGUUGUGGAAGGAACGGUGUAGUUUGUCAGUGGGAAGAAUGAUGUAAUUUGCAUCCAGUGCCUGUCGACUGCUGUUAUAAUCUCUGGUUGCCAUGAAUGGAAAUCGUCCAUGUUUCAUGCUAGAUUUCUGUU